UUCACUCAAGACACGAAGAUAUCUAAAGCCAUUAAAUCCAUAAAAGCUUCAUCGAAAUGGCGAAUCAAGCAGCUGUUGCAGCAUUCUUCCUUUUCGCUUUAGCCGUCUUCUCCAACUUUGAGCUCUCGGCUUCUUCACUUGUCAGCGGCAAGGUCUCUUGCCUUGACUGCCACCCCGAUUUCGACUUCUCAGGCAUUAAGGUGCUCCUUAAAUGCGACGGAGAGAAGAAACAGAUAACCGCGAUGGCAGCUUCAGACGGAUCUUUCCGCUCAGUGCUUCCAACGGCUGACAAAAAAGGCUCCAUAAAUUGUCUUGCAAAGCUCUUGGGAGGUCCUGAGCAACUCUAUGCUCACAAACACAACUUGGUCUCUGAAUUGGUCAAGUCUAAACACGAUUCCAAAGUUUUAACUACCUCAAACCCACUUACCUUCUCUCUCUCCUGCCCCAAACCAACCCGAGAUGAUGUCGGAAAUAUGAUCGGAGAUUCCAAGACUAUUAAUUUUCCGGGGACAGGAGGUUUUGGAUUCCCACCUGCCAGCUUCUUUCCCUUCUUACCAAUCAUUGGUAUCCCAUGAUUUAAUAAAUAAGCGUUACUUUUAAGUACUUAAAGACAUAUGUUUUGUUGUUUACGUGAAUGAAGCCAGCCAAGACAAAAAUAUUUAGCAAAUUACAUUACUUUGUUUAGUGUGAUAUAAGGUUUGUUUAUGUGCUAAGAAAAUGUUCUUUAUUGGCUUUAUGUAGUUUUAAUUAGUUGCUUUUGUAUCAAGUUUGUAAUAAGAAGGUUGGGUUUAUCCUACAAUAUACGUUUUUAUUGUGA